AUGGAGGGUCUGGGCCCGGCCGCCCCCCGGCCUCUGCGUGGGAAGUCCUUCUACCUCGACCUGCCGAGCGGGCGGAACGCGCGGGAGCUGGCGGCGGCCAUCGGGCGGCUCGGAGGGGUGACUGAAAGCUUCCUGAGCAAAGAAGUCAGCUGUGUGGUGUCCAGCAGCAGGGAAGCCAAACGAGACAGAGCCAGGGCCCAGCCUGAGAAGCAGAGCAAUGGAACAUCAGGAGGUGCAAAAGCCCCAAGCCUGAUGGCCUCUGCCUCCAAAGGACCCCACACCAGACCUCAGCAGAAGCCACCAGACACUGCCCUGAUCAGCAGGGGAAGGGAGCUGCUGCAGAAGGCCAUGAAGAAUCAGGACACCUGCAGCGGCAGCAGCAUCCUGGCCAGAGCUCGCCUGUGGGGAGUGCAGAUCCUCCACGUGGAUGACAUGCUGGCCUACACUCAGCAGCUGCUGCGUGCUGCCUCGGGAGCAAGGAGGCCCUGCCAGAAGCCAGAGGCCAAGUGCCCUGCGGCCGGAUGGAAGAUGCACAAAGGAAAACUGAAGCCUCCUUUUCUGAAGGUCGAAGACCAAAGCAGGCAGUUCAGACCCUUCUAUCACCAGUUCAAAAGCUUUCCCAGCCUCAACUUCCUGGCCCCCAAAGGCUGCAGCCCCUUUGAGCCUCUGAAGAGCCUCCCAGACCCUUGCAGAGCCAGGGCUGUGGAGGGCUGCCCGGUGCCCAGCGAAGGGCAGAAGAGCCCCAGGUCCACAGCAGUCACUGUGCCCAAGAGGAGGAGAGGCUUUUGUGAGUGCUGCCAGGAGACCUUCGAGGAGCUGCAGGAGCACCUGCGGAGCCCCCGGCACAGGCGCUUCGCGCUGGAGCCCUCGCGCUACGCCGCCCUGGAUCGCCUCAUCGCCCAGCUGCCCAGCAGCCUCCUGCACCACCCAGCCAGGGUGCCUCGGUCCUGCCUGGCAGAGGAACACUUGGUGCCUCAAGCACAAGUUCUGGGAAGAUUUGAGAUGCUGACAGCAGAGCUGGGAAAGGAGAGGGAGCAGCCAGAGCAGGCUGCUGUGGAGCUGCUGGUUGAUCUGGAGUGUGACCACGGCCUGGAGACCAGGAGCUGCUCCCCCUGCCUUGCCCCUGGAGGAGGCUGGGGCUUCCCAAAGCACCCCCCUAGAACUGCUCCGUCUGGACAGCAAGGGUCUGACAGCCCCCCUGCAGGGGCUCUGCCUGCCCCCAGGAAACGCCAUCUGUCCUCCAGGCAGAGCAGCCAGGUGGGAAAGAAGCCCAGGCUGGAGCUGGGGGGUGGCCUCUCUCCCUGUGAGCUGUCAGAGCCAGUGGAUGUUGGGCUGGGUGCGGGGCAGACAUCCGAGCCAGGCUUGCCUGCUCUGGUGGAGUCUGGCAGCUUGGCCCUAAGCACAAAGCUCUCCAGCAGACCUCAGAGCUCCCUUGGUUUGGACCUGUGCCUCUGCUGGCACCCUGGGGAGCCAACCCCAUGGGCAGGGUCCCUUGAAGCUGUGUCCAUGGGGUUCCCUCCGCAGCGUGGCUGGGGCAGGGCAGGCUGCCAGGGCAGGCAGCUCCUGGGACACAGUGAGAAGGUCCCCAGCAGCCUGCAUGGUCCUGACCUGGAGAGCACCGUGAGCCACACCAGCUGUCCCCCUGGCCAGCUGCCCUCUCCAAAGCUGCCUGUGGCUGGAGCCAGAUGUUGCUGCUCCCUCUGUGCCAGAGCAGCAGAGAAAGCAGCACCUGAGCUGCUUGCCCUGCCAGGCCUCGGCAGGGAGCGGGCGCCGUGCCCUGGGCCCCUGCAGCCCCUGCCACACAGCACACAGGCUGGCCACGACCUCAGCAGGAGCUCCUCCGAGUCAGACUGGGAUGUCCAGCUGCUCUCCAUGCUGCCAGGUGCCCAGGAGAGCAGGCUGCAGCCCGUGGACAGGGACCUGCUCCAAAGGACACACACAAGCGUGAGGGACAGCGGCUACGAGUCCCAGCUCUGCUCCGUCCUCAAGCAGAAGUCAGAGCUUGCCUGGGCAGGCAGAGAGGACAAGAACUGCUGGAACUGCUGCACAGAGGCCACAGGAGCCUCUCACCCCUUCUUUGGCACCUGUUUUUGGCAGCUGGAUUAG